AUGGAGCAAUUGAGGCCAAAGAAGGUUGUUCAUAAGAAGAAGGAGAAGCCAGAAAAGGUUGAGGAGAGACAUAAGAGUUCAUCAAUAAGCUACGUAAGCAUCAAUUAUUCUUUACACAUUCUUUGGGAUGCUUGCGCAAAGGAGAUACAAAGGGUUAACAAGAAAGUGGAACCUUAUGAAGGAACCAGUAAUCUCAUUGACCACAAAGACCUAAAGAAGAAUGUAAAGAAUCUUAUGGCACAGAAUGAUAGGCUUACUAAGGCUACACAAAAGGAAAAGAAAAAUAUUUUGGAUUCUUGUAAUAAGGGUGAUGAUAUUAGUUGCUUCGAUUAUCGUGAAGUAACCAAUAUUGGAAAAGAAGAUUCUCCAAUUGUGGAAGAGGUUAUGCAAAUAGAGAAGGAAAUAGAAAAAGUAGGAGAGAAAAAAAAUAAGAAGCUUCACGAGAAGAGAAGGAAAUGGAGAAAGAAGAAGGGAAAGAAGUGGAUGUUGAGAAUGUUGAGAAAGAAAAAGAGAAGAAAUAAGGGAAUGAAGAGGAUGCUGAGAAUGUGGAGAAACAGAAAGAGAAGAAAGAGGUUUAUUAUUGUCAAUACUUCAAACAGUGGUAUUCAUGCUUUGGAGCUUCUGUAUUUUCUUCGUGGAGGCCGUCUUGAUGACCAUACAAGUCAUAAAAACUUUGAUAGAUAG